CAAGAACGGAUCAGCUUGGGGACCAGAUUUUCAGAACGGAAGAGGAGCAGGUUGCAGACAUGAGUUUCUAUCUCGGUUUCCAGUCUAAAUUGUCAACAACACGCCCACAGGUUACGUCAUGAACUGUUCAUCUUUCUUAUAUUGCCCAGGAUGUGGCUCACAUCCUGAAACUCCAGUCUCCUGGCUGGAUCUCGGAAGAGCCCACAGCUAAACAAGGCCCUGCAGAACUGGCAGCCAUGAGUAAGAACGCUGAUGAGGUCAAAGGUAAGCUGCUUCAGCUGAGAUGCCACUUCACCUGGGAGCUGCUAGUUGAAGACACUGAGAUGCCCGAUUUAGAGAACAGGAUCUUGGAUGAGAUUGAGUUCCUAGACACCAAAUACAACGCGGGCAUACACAACCUGCUGGCCUACGUCCGACACCUGAAAGGCCAGACUCGGGAGGCCCUGGGGAGCCUGAAGGAAGCCGAAGACCUGAUCCAGCAGGAACACGGCGACCGAUCGGCUGUGAGAAGCCUGGUCACCUGGGGCAACUACGCCUGGCUGUAUCACCACACGGGCAGGCUGGCGGAGGCCCAGACUUACCUGGACAGGGUGGCGAACACUUGUGAGAAGUUUGCAGCCCCCUCCUGCUACAGGCUGGACUGUCCUCAGAUGGACUGUGAGGAAGGGUGGGCCUUGCUGAAGUGUGGAGGAAAGAACUAUGAGCGGGCCAAGGCCUGCUUCGAAAAGGCUCUGGCAGCGGAGCCUGAGAACCCUGAAUUCAGCACUGGGUAUGCAAUCACCAUCUAUCGCCUGGACGGCUUCAACAAAGCGACCCAGGUCAGCGACGCAUUUUGUCUGCAGCCUCUAAAAGAGGCCAUCAGGCUAAACCCAGAAGACGCGUAUAUCAAGGCUCUGCUCGCCCUGAAGCUUCAGGACGUGGGCCAAGAAGCCGAAGGAGAAAAGUACGUCGAAGAGGCACUGACCAACAUGUCCUCGCAGGCCUACGUCUUUCGAUACGCGGCCAAGUUUUACCGCAGGAAAGGCGCUCUGGAUAAUGCUCUUCAGCUCUUAAAGAGGGCCCUGCGGGCCACGCCCUCCUCCGCUUUCCUGCAUCACCAGAUGGGGCUUUGUUACAAGGCACACAUGAUCCAAAUCAAGAGAGCGGCAAACUGGCAGCCCAGAGGACAGGAUAGAGACAAUGUCGACAAAAUGGUAAGGUUAGCCAUAGCUCAUUUUCAAUUUGCUCUGGAACAAAAGCCCACAUUUGACGUUGCUUAUAUACACCUGGCCGGUAUGUACAUAGAAGCUGGCAACCACAGAAAAGCUGAAGACAUUUACCAAAAAUUGUUAUGUUUGACGUCCCUCGACGAAGAAAAACAGCAAAAGGUACAUUUCCACUAUGGUCAAUUUCAGGAAUUUCAAAAGAAAUCUGAAGUCAAUGCAAUUAUCCAUUAUUUAAAAGCACUAAAAACAGAAAAGGUGUCACUGACAAGAGAUAAAUGUAUUAAUUCUUUGGAGAAACUGACUUUAAGAAGACUUUCCAGAAAUGCAUCAGACAUAGAAAGCUUGAGCAUUCUUGGGUUUAUCUACAAAGUCAAAGGCGAAAUGAAUAAAGCCCUGGAAUACUAUGAGCAGGCCCUGCGGCUGGCUGUGGACUCUGGGAACUCUGGUACCUGAUCCUGGGUGUGGAAAUAUGAACCACAUUCACAUUUUAUUUGAUUUCAGGUAAACAUGUUAACUCUAACCAUUGUUUCUGCUUGCUACUUUCAGAAACAUAUUAAGCAAUCCACUGCGGUGAUGCAAGUUUUUAACCAUUACCCAAACCUGGUAAAAUAUUGGUUCUAUUCAGAAAAUACUGAAACAGAAUAUAUACAUCUCUGUUACGUGAGAGAGGAACCAUUUCUCUGCGAAUGUUAUAUAGUCGAAAAACCAUUUGUCGAGUAGAUUCGUAGCAAAUAAAGGCCUGGAUUUACAUAAAACAAAAA